UCGUUGUUUCCAUACUUAGUUUCCGUAUCUAGAGAGAGAAUUUUGCCGUCAAAUCAAAUUCCAACUUCCCAUUAGUUUUUGGUAGAUCUGUCGGUGCAUCGCAUUCACAGCGUAUAGCAUUGCUUCUCCCCGGCCCGGAUCUAAUUGCUUGAUUUUUGAGUUGAUCGAAUCGAAUCCAUGGCUCCAAGCACCCUGCGCAAGGCGAUCGGGGCGGUGAAGGAUCAGACGAGCAUCGGAAUCGCUAAAGUCGCUAGCAAUUUGGCGCCGGAGCUGGAGGUUGCUGUGGUGAAGGCCACCGGCCAUGACAAUGAUCCCGCAUCGGAGAAGUAUAUUAGGGAAAUACUGCAUUUGACGACCUAUUCUCACGGAUAUGUUAGUGCUUGUGUUGUGCUAGUGUCUAAAAGAUUGGGGAAAACGCGCGAUUGGAUUGUUGCCCUGAAAUGUUUGAUGCUCAUUCACCGUUUGCUCAAUGAGGGGGAUGUUUCUUUCCAGCAGGAGAUGAUGUAUGCUACUAGGAGGGGGACUAGGUUGUUGAAUUUGUCCGAUUUUCGCGAUGAGGCCCACUCCAAUUCAUGGGAUCAUUCGGCUUUUGUCAGGACAUAUGCUCUCUACUUGGAUCAGAAGCUUGAGUUGAUGGCUUAUGAUCGAAAGCAGAGUGGAAAGGAAGGUGAGAUCACGAGAUAUAACUAUCGUGAAUCGAGCAGCAGGGGGCGCGAUUAUGAUCAUGAUCAUGAUUUCAAUGAGCCAAACAAUGGAAUGCGCAGAUCAAGGUCAUCAGGUGAUGUGGGAGAGUCAGCAAAAGAUGCUACUCCAUUGAGGGAGAUGGCACUGGAGAAGAUUUUCGGGAAGAUGGGGCAUAUGCAGAGGCUGUUGGAUCGGUUUUUGGCAUGUCGUCCCACAGGAUUGGCAAAGAACGAGCGGAUGAUUUUGGUGGCUCUUUACGCCAUAGUGAAGGAGAGUUUCAAGCUUUAUGCUGAUGUGUGUGAGGUCUUGGCAGUGCUUCUUGAUAAGUUCUUUGAUAUGGAACAUCAAGAUUGUAUAAAGGCCUUUGAUGCAUACGCUAGCUCUGCAAAGCAGAUUGACGAACUGGUUGCAUUCUAUAACUGGUGCAAGGAUACUGGCGUGGCACGCUCCUCUGAGUAUCCACAAGUGCAAAAGAUAACUGACAAAUUACUUGAGACUUUGGACGAGUUUGUGAGAGAUAGGACAAAGGCAAUGAAGAGCCCUGAGAGGAAAGUCGAGAGUCACCCAACUCCGCAGGAGGAGCAAGUGCAGGAUAUGAAUGAGGUUAAAGCACUGCCGCCUCCUGGGAACAUAACUCCCCCUCCACCGGUUGAGCCUGAGCCAGCUAAGCCUGCAGUUCAGGAUUUGGUGGAUUUGAGGGAAGUAACUGCAGACUAUCAAGGUAACCAGCUAGCAUUGGCAUUGUUUGCUGCAAACAACGGGAAUGGCUCGUGGGAGGCGUUCCCAUCCAAUGGAGAGGCGGAGGUGAGUUCUGCUUGGCAGAAUCCAGCUGCUGAGGCUGGGAAGGCCGAUUGGGAGUUGGCUCUGGUCGAAUCUGCUAGUCACUUGUCCAAUCAAAAGGCUGCAAUGGGUGGUGGAUUAGAUUCAUUACUCUUGGAUGGCAUGUAUGAUCAAGGAGUGGUUCAGCAUCAUACAAGCACUAGCAAGAUGAGUGGAGGCAGUGCCAGCAGUGUAGCAUUGCCCAGUGCUGGUGCAAGUAAAACACCGGUGUUAGCACUCCCUGCGCCUGAUGGAACAGUCCAGACAUUCGGACAAGACCCUUUUGCUGCAUCGUUGAGCAUCCAACCCCCUGCCUAUGUGCAGAUGGCUGAUAUGGAGAAGAAGCAAGGUCUGCUUGCUCAGGAGCAAAUGGUAUGGCAACAAUAUUCCAGAGAAGGGAUGCAAGGCCAGACCAGUUUCGCCAAGAUUGGCACACCUUCGUAUUAUGGAGUGCCGCCAGUAAACGGAUCCGGAGUGCCACCGGCCGGGUACUCCUAUGCUCCUUUCUAAAUAUAGUAAUAGAUUACAAUUCUAUAUAAUAUUCCAGUGCAUUUUAUGUGGUUUGAGGAAAGAGAGAUGAUUAGUGUUUGUGGGAGAUUCUCCUGUCCAAUAAUCCACUUAUUUAUCUCUCCAUCGUUGUAAACUUGUUUGAUGACAUUAAUACAUAUCUUUUCAGAAAAUAUACUGUAUAUAUGAGUAAUACUAUUCAGUUACGACGUAGGAGGAGGUCAUGGUACUGUUUUUUGGUGUAUA